AUGGCCACACAAGAUCUGGAUCCAUCAAGAAUUCUUCCCAAUGGCAAAGUUUCUAACAGUGCGCUCUGUCCCAUCAUCCAGGUCAUGAAUGAAGAGUGCUUGAAAACUGAAAUACAAAUGGAAAUCCAUUUUGCUAUCCUGACUCUUCUGUUGUCUCUUAUACUGAACAAGUUGAAUAUUUAUGAAAUACUACCUUCUGAUUUUAGCUUCCAGCUCUAUAGAUCAUCCAACACUUCUCAGAAGUCACAAGGAUGGAGGAAAGAGGAACUGAAACUAAAAAGUACCCCUGAGACCACAGCCAUGCAAGAGCUUUCUGGCUUAGGUCCAGGCUACUCCUUCCUCUUCCAGAAAAGAGAAGGGACUCUCCCGAGCUUGUCACUCACUUUCCACAGAUAACUCUAUGAGGCCAAAAUACUCUUUGUGAAGAAUACCAAAUAUAAGACUGGUGUGUAUGAAGACCCCAAACUACACAAUUAUAGGCAGCUAGCAGUUGAAUUGCUCGACAUGCUUGAUGGAAAUCCUGGACUUGAUUCACUGAAAGGAAAGCAAAAGCACUCUGGAGAUAAGAGAGUUCUUACAUACAAGCCUUGUGGAAGCAAAUGGGAUCCACAGCUACUACGACUAAAGAGUCCCUGGCCACCUAAAUCUGCUUCAUUUAUGUCCCUCAGUCAUCUGGAAGUAAAAGAAAUGGCACAGCCAAUCACACCGAGUAACUAG